AUGGAAGCUCAGUCGAUGUUGUCUGCCCUCGAACGAACGCAAGGAUACUGGAGCCAGAUUGAGGCGGUGAUCGACCAGCAGGAGCGCCUGCUCGACCUCUUGAAGGGAUCGAGGAACGUGUUGAAGAACGUGCUGGAUGUGCAGAGGAGCUAUAUGGCGCCCAUCCGUCGCUUGCCGCAGGAGAUCCUCUCGGAGAUCAUGGAAUGGGCAUGUGGGGACGAUGUAGACUUGAGUGCACCUCUCUGUGCUCCAUUGGCAUUGGCCGCCGUUUGCAAGACCUGGAGAGCUAUAGCGCUCGCGUGCCCAAAGCUGUGGACGACGUGGUCAACGCCUGACGAUGAAGAUCUGCUGGGUAGCGUAUGGCCAGAGACCAGCAAACUAAGCAUGAUCAUCCCUCGACUCGAGAUCUUCCUCGCGCGCUCCGGCAACCUUCCCUUGGUGCAGCCCAUCAAAUACGAGCAUCAGUCGUAUCUUCUGAAGCCGCCGAAUGCAUGGUUCCUGGACGUCUUGCUUCACCAUACGCAACGAUGGCAGCAUUUGCAGAUCAUCAACUCGUCAUUUUCCGUUCAGCACCCCCAAGACUUCGCCGUUCUAAAGGGCAAACCGGUUCCUCCACUACAUGCGCUCAGUGGCGAUGCCCGUCAUCUCCAGCUUGCGGUCGACAGCGGCGUCUUCCGCGACUUCCCUCGCCUACGAGUUGUUAUGUUAUUGGAUCCGAAUCACACCCAAAUCAUACCUGGCCUACCAUGGAAUCAGAUACAAAUUUUGGCUAUGAACGAAGUCACCAUCAUGUACGUCUUGGAGAUCCUCCGACAGUGCCCAAAUCUACGCACGAUCGGUCUCAAAGUUGAGACGCAAGGGCACGCCCCUAUCGGCGACGGCGUCGUCAACCUGCCCAACCUCGUCAACAUCCGCUUGGACACUAACGCGACAAACAGCUACGAUACGCUCGCGCAUAUCACGGCACCGGCACUGCAUAACUUCACAUUCCGCUGGGAAGGCCAUCAUCAGUCGAACAGCACUCUGUCGGACUCGCUUCCAGCUUUCCUAUCGCGCUCUUCGUGUGCGCUUCGCAAUCUCACGUUGCACCGUCCAUCGUCUCUCGAUUAUGCAGUGCUCGCAUCUCAGCGCGACGUCACCAAUUUCCGCUGGUACGCAGUGGAAGAUCUACCGGUGCCGGUGGACUUCGUCGCCAAGCUCACUACUCUUGAGCUCUUCCCUCGUCUAGAGCGUUUGGAGCUAGGAGGAUUUGUGGCCUUCCGGGGCGGGGAUUUGGUGAACCUAGCCAAAGCAAGGAUGGCGGCAGGGUGUCCUCUGCAGGUCCUCAAGCUUGAGGCCGUCAAGGUUCUGGGACGCCCUGGGUUAGAGGACGAUGCGCCGGAUCGACUGGAGGGGCUUGUUCCUGUAUUCGAGAUGUCUGUCUGA